UCACUUUUGCUUGACGAUUAUCGAAUCAUAGUUGGUACUUGGUAUCAGUUAUCGACUGUAGAGACGACACUAUAAUAGCUAGAGUUCUCCAUUUCCUACAGGCUAGAGCAUAGCUAGUUCUGUAAGUUCAGCACAAGGAACUCCUCUAGGGUUUAAGGGACUCCGAUACUCGAACCCCUUUAUCUCCAAUCCUCAAAAAGUUUAGGGUUUAAGAAAUAGCUGAAGUCAAUAAUCUGAUGGAUAGGCACAGAGGAGGAGAGAGGUAUGUGAAUAGCAACAACAAUUCAGACCCAUUUCAUUAUAAGCAGCAGCACUCAAGAGGGGGUCCCCCAUCUUCUAGAACUAAUUUCUCUGAUGGUUCCAUGAACCCUCACCCUCAACAUCAUCGUCGAAGCCCUAAUGCAUAUCGUGGGCCCCACUGGCCCGCCUUCGAUAGCCCUCCUCGCUACCCUCCUACUGAUGCGGUUGCUGUUGGUACUGGUGGUGGUGGGGUGGAUUCUGAAAGGUUCCAUUCGAAUUACCAGAUGCCGCCACCGCCUCCUCCACUUUCGGGCCAAAAGCGGGGUUACCCGUUUUCUUCCGAUACAAGUGGGUCUCCAGAUGGAGUUGAUGAAGGUGGUUUUGCCAAACUUUUUGUGGGAUCUGUCCCAAGAACAGCAACUGAAGAAGAUAUUCGACCUUUGUUUGAGGAACAAGGACGAGUACUCGAGGUUGCUUUCAUCAGAGAUAAGAGAACGGGGCAACAACAAGGAUGUUGUUUUAUUAAGUAUGCUACUUCAGCUGAAGCUGAUAGAGCUAUAAGAGCAUUACACAAUCAAUAUACUUUGCCUGGGGGAAUUGGUCCUAUUCAAGUCAGAUAUGCGGAUGGUGAACGUGAACGCCUUGGUGCAGUUGAGUACAAGUUAUUUGUUGGGUCACUGAACAAACAAGCUACAGAGAAGGAAGUUGAAGAAAUAUUUUCGCCAUAUGGUCGUGUUGAAGACGUCUAUCUCAUGCGUGAUGAUAUGAAGCAGAGUCGUGGUUGUGGAUUUGUCAAAUAUUCUCAUAAACAGAUGGCAAUGGCAGCUAUAAACUCUUUGAGUGGAAAAUAUACAAUGAGGGGUUGUGAUCAACCUUUAACUGUUCGGUUUGCUGACCCUAAGAGACCUAAACCUGGAGAACCUAGAGGUAGUGGACCAGCUUUUGGUGGACCUGGUUUUGGACCUCGCUUCCCAACCCCUGGAAUUAGACCGCCACCUAAUAUUGGAGAGCCUUUGCAAGACCAAACAGGCCCUAAUGCCUGGCAUCCCAUGAGUCCAGAAAGUCUCAGGCCAAUUUCCAACCAAGGGAUGCAUGGUUUUGGAAAUCAGUUUCCUCCUAGAACAACUGAUACCACAACGCCUUCUUCAUUGGGUGGUUCCUUCGGGAGUGUUAGUGGCACUGGAAAUGGGUUUCUUACAGGACUUGCGGCUUCUUCUGCUCCUACAUCGCAACUGCCUGCUAAACCACUCCCCACUGGUGGCCCACAAAUUUCUCAACUACAGAAGCCACUUCAGUCACCCCAGCAUUUACCAUCUUCUGGGCAACUUCAUCCUCCAGCCUCAACACCUUUUUCACAGGGACCAACUUCUCAUGCUUUAUUCAGGCAGAUGAAUCAAGUACAAAUUUCCCAGUCUGCCAGUCAAAGUCCUUUCAGUCAGGGAAUGCCCUCGCAGCAGUCGCUUGGUUUGACUUGGCAAUCAACUGUUUCUCAGCCUCAGAUGCAGCGCAAUAUGUCGUCUGCAAUGGGACAUACACCUUUAAGUAAUAACAUGCAACUACAUGUUGCAUCUGCAAUCGCAAACCAGCAGCAGCNCGCAAACCAGCAGUCUGUGCCACAGCAUUUGGUCCAACAUCUUCAUCAGCCACCUUCCCAACUAGCACAAAUGUUGUCUCAACAGACGCAAAAUCUGCAGGCGAGCUUUCAAUCAUCACAGCAAACCUUUACUCAGCUACAGCAACAAUUGCAGCUCAUGCAACCAUCUAAUGAAAGCUCAGCAGUCCAGCAGGGCACACAAGAUGUUAAACAACAGUCUCCAUGGCCUGGACUUGUUCAACAAGUGGCACCUAGUUCCACAGCUGUCCAAUCAAAAGCAGAUGUAGUUCCUGCUUCAUCUACUGCAUCUGGAAUGAACCAGAUUACAGGUCCGGUGAAAUGUAAUUGGACAGAGCACACAUCGCCUGAUGGAUUCAAGUACUAUUAUGACAGUGUUACAGGAGAAAGCAGGUGGGAAAAGCCGGAGGAGCUGAUAUCGUAUGAACAGCAACAGCAAAAAUUGUCUGCCCAACAGCCUCGCAUUCAGGCUCAACCACAUGGGUUGCCUUACCAACAAGCUCAAAUGCAAGCACAACUUCAAUGUCAGCUCCCAACAUAUGUCCAAACCCAGGUCCGCCCGCCUCAACAAUUGCAACAAGCUUCUCAAGGAUCUCUGUACGCAGUUGGAAUGACAGGUCAACAACCGAUUCAGACAGUUGUUGGGUGCAACCAAUGUUCUACUGUGGUCACAGAAACCUGUAAGCUCCAAUUGAGCCGGAAGGGGAUUCCGGCUGCUCAGGAGUGGAUGUGGAAAAACAAGCCUGCAGGAGCUUGAAUUUUGCGUCUGAAUGAUGCACUUAGCUGGAAGCAAAUGCCACAAUGUUGUAUUGUGCAGCCUGAUUUCAAGUGAGAUGUAGCAUUACUUUGUGAAUAUCUUUUGGUAGAGGAAUUUACAGUCUUGAGUACACUUCCCAAGGAGUCUGAUGCUCCCAUGCCAAUCCAUCCGUAGCUUUAAAAUGCUACAAAAGCGUUCUAGAUUUCUUAGAAAUAUUCAUUGUGUGCUUCAGGCUUCCAGAAAUUUCUUGAAAUCAGAGCCCACAGUCAGGGUUCAAAAAUGUUUGUAGUCUAGAAAUAACCCCCCGUCUCCAGUAGCCUUGACCAAAGAGAAUAAAUCAUUCGAGCAAAUAGUUUGUUGUGUAUGAGAUGGUGCUGGGGGUUACAAUUAAGUUGUUUGAGGUAGCUAUGCAGUGAUCUUGACUUUGCUCAAACUCCAUUACAUGCUUUAUGUCCUAAACCUGGCUUUGGUGGGUUGACAUGUAUAAUGAGUUAUAUACUUUUUUCAGGUGACGUCUUUCCGUU